GAAGAUGAAAAUUCUGCCGUUUCAAUUUGAAGGUACCUACGCAAGAGAUGGAGCAAGCGAAAACAAAGAGAUUCUACAAGAAACAUCAGAGGAGACUGAAUUCAACCUCCACGAAAUGUUUGAUGUCUAUGACUAUGCUGGAGACGAGGUUCCAGAUGUUACGGAUUGCGACUUGUUUUGUCCGGAAUCUCUCUCCGACGAAGUUGAACACAAUGUCCCGUUCUCUUUAGUAAGUUCACAGGAGUCGGACAACAUCUCAGAAGGCAUUUUUUAUCCACCAGUUGAAAACAACCCACCUAUGAUCUUUAACGAUAUGGGUGAGGAUCUAAACCGGCGCAUAUCAAUGGAAGAUUUGAGCCAAUCAGAAAACGAGACGGAGGACAAUAUAAUGGAAGAACAAGUUGGGAUUCAAAGUGUAAAUGUUCUCAGAAGGACCCCUUCAGAAAAUGCGGAAGUUUUUAUAGGGAGCGUCAUACAGAAUAGGGAUCGACGUGUUCCAGAUUUGAAUGGAUCGUUUUACGAUUCCGACGAGGAGAGAAUUCUGAGUUCGUGCUCUACCUCUGACCAAGUUGUUCCAAACUUUUACAUGGAAGAAUAGUAUUUAUUUUUUUUAAUUCGCGGGACCUGUCAUUGUUGUUCAGAAUAGAGAUCAACAUGUUUCAGAUUUUAAAUGAGAGAACUCCUAGUUCGUGCUCUAUCACUGAUCCCAAAUUUUACAUGGAGGAAUAGUUAUGUUUUAAUUGGCGGGACCUGUCAUUGUUGUUCUUCACUGUUAUUGCUUCUUAUGAUGUUACUAUAUCUUUAUUUAUUGUUGAUUAUACAUAAUUUAUUUUCUAUUUAUAAGAAAUGCACUUGAAUGCAAGCAUUGUUGACAAUGUUGAUCAUCCUUGUUGGUAUGAAAUGUGCAUGAAUGCAAGAAUUACUGACAAUGUUCAUCAUCCUUGUUGGUAUGAAAUGUGCAUGAAUGCAAGAAUUACUGACAAUGUUCAUCAUCCUUGUUGAUACUGUUAGAUAUUGUUUUUGUUGAUUACUUGUGUAACUUUAUUAAUGCAUUCAAACAUGUGUGAUACCUAGUCUUAAUCAUGCAAUAAAGUUCAAUGACCCCUUUCA